UCAACUGCCAUAGUCUAGCUCGCCGCAGAAUACCGGCUUAGAUGUACUCCAUUCCUCUCAUAUGCAAGCAUCAAAAAAGGGCCUGGGGUGGUGUGUUUUGAUAUCUGCUUAAAAGACUUAGAAAAUAAAAAUGAAGAUGAAGGAAUUGGACUGCAGUCAUUGGUAUCUUGAUAUUGAGAUGGACUAUGGUUCAGAUUUGGAUCUCUUGAUGGCAGUUGAUAUAUUGAAGUUUUUUAUGCUGUCAGCUGUAAAAACUAUGUUUGGAGAGGUUGCAGCAAGCUCGACUCUGGACAUCCUUAAAUUUGAUGAAGAAGAAAGGAGAGCAAUAGUGAGAGUGCCUAGUGAGAAUUAUGCCAAGUUCAGAGCAGCUUUGACUAUGUGCUCUGCUGUGAGACUAGAUAAAGAUGUGUUUCCCUUUAUAUUUACAAUUAAGCAAGCUUCUUCUUGCUUGUUAUCUCUUACUGGACCACAGAGAAUUAUAACCUAACAUUCAUUAGUACAUAUAGUAUUUUUCUUUUUCACUCCCAUAUUCAAACUAUACAUACUAUGUAUUUAUAAAUAAAUGUGUGCAAUUCACA